AUACUCUAAGCUAAGGUUUCUUUAAGAAGUUUAAUCAACAGAUUAGGCCUACCUUGCACCGUUACACCGUUGCAACUUAGAAAGGUCAUCCAAAAUAAAUUUCUCUCGCUGCUUUUGCGUCAUAAAAGUGGCGCGACGCGACGCUACUUGUUUUGUUUUCUUUGCCGUGUGUGAUUCCUGAGAGAACCCGAUACCGAAUCUUUCCCGUUUCCAACUCACGUGCUGAGACGGGUCGCGUUGUGCAGAAAUGUCUAUGGUCUGUCUGACGGACUUCGAGGAGUAUGCUAAGGGGCAUCUCUCCAAGGCCACCUGGGACUACUACGCCGCCGGAGCAGACGAGUGCUGCACAAGGGAUGACAACCUGCUGGCCUUCAAACGAAUCCGCCUGCGGCCACGGAUUUUACGGGACGUGUCGGUAAGUGACACGCGGACCACGGUGCUGGGCACGGAGAUCAGCUUUCCUGUGGGCAUCGCCCCGACCGCCUUCCAUUGCCUGGCCUGGCACGAGGGGGAGAUGGCAACAGCAAGGGCUACGGAGGCGGUGAACACAUGCUACAUCACCAGCACCUACUCGACCUGCUCGGUGGAGGAGAUUGUGGCGGCGGCGCCCAACGGCUACCGCUGGUUCCAGCUGUACGUGUACCGCGACCGCAAGCUGUCGGAGCAGAUCGUGCACCGCGUGGAGGCGCUGGGCUACAAGGCUCUGGUGCUCACCGUGGACGUGCCCUACACCGGGAAACGCCGCAAUGACAUCCGCAACCAGUUCAAGCUCCCGCCCCACCUCAAGGUUAAGAACUUUGAUGGGGUCUUCCAGGUGAGCGCGGGCCCGGAGGAGUACGGCAUCCCCGCCCACACGCUGGACCCGUCCAUCAGCUGGAAGGAGGUGUACUGGCUGCAGUCGCUCACAAGGCUGCCCAUUAUCAUCAAGGGCAUCCUGACCAAGGAGGACGCCGAGCUGGCUGUGGAGCACGGCGUCCAGGGCAUCAUCGUGUCCAAUCACGGCGGGCGCCAGCUGGACGGCGGACCGGCUACUAUAGACUGCCUGUCAGAGAUAGUGGACACGGUGCAGGGCAGGAUCGAGGUCUACAUGGACGGUGGGAUCCGCACAGGCAGUGAUGUGCUCAAGGCCGUGGCGCUCGGAGCCAAGUGUGUGUUCAUCGGACGGCCUGCUGUCUGGGGCCUGGCUUAUAAGGGUGAGGAAGGAGUCCGCGAGGUGCUGCAGAUCCUGAACGAUGAGUUCCGCCUCUCGAUGGCGCUGUCAGGUUGCAGAAACGUUGCCGAGAUCAACAGGAAUCUGAUUCAGUUCUCCAAACUUUGACCCCAGGCACUCUAGACUGAGACAGCGAGACUGGGUUAAACAGACCGUGUCAACGGUAGCGAUCACUGACCUAAUGCUCUUAAAGGCUAAAGCCUUUCACCUAUGCAAGCGGGUGGCUACAGACUAGCCAAGCAUGAGUUCAGCCUUAAUUGGCCGGUAUUGAAAUUAUAUCACUGGUGAUAGUCAAUCCCUGGGAAUUACUGGCUGGAUUUGCCAUAGUUAUUUUCACACCAGCUAAUCAAGCACACAUCACCAUCUUCCUCUUUGUGGUGUUUUUUCUUUUUUUAUCCUUUUUCUCUCGCCUCCCUGGGCAGCAGAGGUUGUGACUGUGGGCUCUAAUUUAAAUGCUAAGCAAAGUGGAAAGUCUAUCAAUAAGUAAAGUGCAUUCGUGCUUGAACUAUAGCUGUCGUGUGGCACGCUUUGAGCAAACCCCUCAGUGUUGACGGUUCAGAUCUUGCUCAUUCUGUUAAAUUAGCAAAUUGUUUUCUACCUAGUUAUUGAAAUAGCAUUGGUUAGACUUAAGACUUUGCACUUUGCCUGUCAUUCAAAAUAGGCCUUGUGUGUGUGCGUGCGUGUGCGUGCAUGUGUGUGUGUGUGUGUGUGUGUGUGUGUGCAUGACAUGAGUGUGAGUUUGUGGGCUGGCAGAAAAUACAAUGAUUUCGUAAGAGUCUGGGCAUGGGGUUGGGGGGCACAUUGAGACCAGGAGACAGAGAUGCAUCGCCUAAGGCACUCAUUUUAGGCACCAUUUUGGCCCCCCGAUGAGGAACUACAAGAACCAAAGAAUCAUGAGAACUUUCAUCUGAGCUUGUGAGAAUUGCACACUGAUGGUGAGUGUGCAAUUUACUCACCAUCAAUGAGCUGUUAUGUGAGAGAGGCACCAGGGACUCGGCACAGUACGCCUGAUUGGAUGACUCAACACUACUGUUUGUUUGCAGAGUUCUCAGUCCCUCAUCUUGAAAUGGUGGUGUGAUAUGAUUUUGUAUCUUGAAGACACCAUGAGAUUAUAUGAAUAAAUCAUAUUAAAUAUAUUUUACAGCACA